GUUUGAUGAUUUAUUCUGACUGGGAAUGCUGUGCACCACGGUCGCAGCAGCAGCCCGGUCCAUCGCGUGCAGACAAGAAACCACGAUGAGGCUUCGACUGCUCGCCCUCCUCUGCCUUGCGGUUUGCGCCGCACAGGCUUCUGACAAUGAGAGAGACGACUACUUUCCAGCUCCGUAUUUUGACAAAGAAGAAAACUUGAGUAGCGAGAACUGUGGAAACCAAACUACUCGGAAUCAUUGGGACGUUUUUGUUAGAAACAUGAUUACUGAACAAGAUUGCGUUUCAUUUAUAGCUUUUUCUAAAAGGACCAUUCUUGGAGAAGGAAGGACAUGCGAAUUCGGUCUGAGAACUACAACUGAUCUACGAGUCUUUCCCAAAAUUUGUGAAGGGCGCACGACAGAAGAGGAAUGCAUCAGAGUUUCCGUCAAAGUAGUGAAUGUAAUUGACCUAACUGCGACCCCAUUACCAUUCACGGUUAUAAUAACUGAGGACAUGCCGAGUGAGGUCAUAACUCCGCUUUGUUUGUUCAACCGUGACAACCUAAUGGACUUUCAACUUCAAAGAGAAUCGCCCUACUUUGUAUGGACAUCGUGGACCGAUUUUCCAACUGACCCAACAAAUGUGACGAGCCAAAGUAAUUGCAAAAGGGUUCUAAGCAGAUAUGAAUUGGAAGCACUGGAAACUUCUAAAAUUCCCAUCAAGAAUAUCUUGUGUGUCGAGCAAUCCGAACCUGGCCGUCUUCUGAUCAAUUACCACAAUGGCCGGUAUUUCUUGAGAGGUGUAGAUUUAUUUUGGAGGCAACGUUCUUUCAUUGAUGUAUUGCCGUAUAUUGACGUGAUCGCGAGGUUCUCAAAAGAAAUUUAUGUAUUACGCCCGAUCCCGCAGACAAAAGAGCCCAGCGAAUUCAUUGCGCAAGAAGGCAACCUCAGUUUCCCAGACUGUGGAAGGAAACGAGAAAUACAACCGAGUACACAAAAUUCAAACGGAGUUACAGCUCAUACAGGCGACCAUCCUUGGAAUGUUUACAUUGAGAAUGUUAAAACUGGACAAACCUGUGGCGGAACACUAAUAUCGCCGACAGUAGUUUUGACUGCUGCACAUUGUCUUUAUGAAUCGAAAGCAGCAGACUUCAAAGUUACAUUUGGGAUGUAUGAUAAAAGACAAAGAAGAGCUCCUGGUGUUCAGAGAAGAGAGAUAAACAGUCUGAUCGUGCACCCGAAAUAUGACUCUGAGGAAGUUCACAGUGACGUCGGACUUAUCAUUUUGAGGGAUAAUAUACAAAUAAACGACCACGUUCGACCAAUUUGCCUGUGGAACGACGACUCUAGUUUGGUUCGCGUGGCUGGAACUGAAGCUAUGGCGGUUGGAUUUGGACUUGCUGACAACCACGCGCGCACAGAUGAACUUCAAGAGGCUCGACUUCCGAUUAUAGCUCACAAAGAGUGCUACUUGUCAGAAAGGAGAUUUUUUGGGAAAUUUUUGCAGCCAGGGGAUAAUUUUUGCGCCGGCUAUAAGAACGGAACAAUCAACUGCAACGGGGACAGCGGAGGCAGCCUUUCCGUGGAAAAAGACGGUCGGUGGUAUAUCAGGGGCAUUGUCAGCUUUGGAAAAUCGGAAAAAGUGAAGUUUGAGGGCAAUGAAACACCGUUGUGUCCCCCAAAUCAAUAUUCUUUGUUUGCUGACGUUGCAAGUUACAUGGACUGGAUCGUGGAAAAUACGCCGGAAAUUUCAUUCCGAAACAGUUUCCUUCCAAGUGUAAGGCUUCUUUGAGUGCGUGUUUCUAGUGCAGCUUAAUUCCCCUCCUGACCAGGCCCAUUCCGGCUCUGCCCUCCCGGGUAGAGUUUUAGAGAGAUGUUUGCCAGGAAUGGUGCCUUUUACCACUAUUAAUAGAUAUAUUAAUUAGAAAAAUGUAGCUAGACAGCAUGACCUCUUAUCAAAAUAUAUUUUUCCUAUGGCUUUAUUAACUAAA